UGAAAGCGCGAUGUUCAAAUUUGUUUCCGGUUUUACUUUUAGCCUUUGUCGCUAAGCCAGAGACAUGGAGCGACCUCAAAACAGUGUGGUGAGGACUCCCAUCGACAGCAUUGUGGCUCAGAGGAGGAGCAAAAAUAAAAGCUACAGACAGUCAUACCGCAGCUGCCUAGGCGCUGCUUCAAGGCUCGGCCACACCCCAGGAUGGACAGCGCGGAGGCUCAACACCAGCAGAAGAACAAAGUCACACAAUAUCACUGAGAAGGUGAAUCCAGAGGAUCUGGCCUUACUGGUGAAGACAGAGUGGCAGCUGUCGUACGUUACACCACUCUACCAGUUCAGACACACCCAGCUCAGGAGCUACUCGAGGCAGCUUUCGGCAUUUAUUACUGCAGAGAAGCAGCAGGGUUUGGCAGUGGAGGUUGAGGGAGCGCAGACCAGCUUCAGAGUUUCCUUCUCUGUGGUGCAGGGGCUGGGAGAGACGGACGAUGAUGCUGAGACGGUCCUCGUACAGAUCCAUUCAAAGCCAGUGUUUGCAGGGAAGGAUGAGGCGCAGAAGUUGGUGUGGAGCGGCUGGCUGACCUGCAUCAAUGGCAAUCCUGAAUAUCUUCACUCGCUUCCGAAGGACUUCACCUGUCUGCCGCUCUUUGGCAGCCGUGGGGCUGAGAAUCUCACCUCGUUGGUCAAAUCCUGGUUUCAGCAGACCUUCGACUGCUGCUUUGGCCCUCUGGAAAUCAACCAGACCUGCCUGCAGUGGCUAGCGGCAUUAUGGACUAACUGCCACAUAGAGUCCAGCAUCCAGCAUCUCAAAAUGAUUUGGACUCUUCCGGUUGAGCCACCGUUGCAGAUCACCUACACAGUUAACCCUCAAGAUGCGUGGGAGCUGUGGAACAGUGUGAGGACCCCUUCACUGGAGAGCAGGGAGGAGGAGGAGACGGCGAGAAGCAUUGACAUCGAGGAGGUGACGAGGUUCAUGCAGGGCCUUAUGAGCCACUUCUACAGGCAUUUCAGAUUGGACCUGUCAGCAGGACGCCUGAGUCAGGUCUCAUCUGCACUGGGAUCAGCCAAGUUCAGCGGCAGGGUCAAGAUGUCCAACAGCAGAUAUGUCCUCACAACCCUAUCACUGCUGACAGAGUGUGCCCUUCUCAAAAUGCCCAUCUGAGCACAAAAUAAUGACUUUGCAGCAAGAGGAAAUGCAAAUUCUGCAAUAUCAGUUUGCAAAACCUGUUAUGGAAUAACAAA